CUUGGCAGAGAGAUAAAACGAAUGUAUUUAAAAAUAAAAACACGUCCCUCGAACGUACAAGAAUCAGAAAAUGUUGGUAUGCAUCACAUUUACUGCAUUCUCUGGAAAGUAUCGUCAGUUGAGAUCAUUUAAUCAAUCACCAUCGGUGCAUCCUGUAUCACCAUGGCGAUUUCUCUUUGCAUUUCUAUUACCAAUUUACUUCACAAGAACUGGUCUGAACAAGAAAAGUUUGGAUGUCAGUGGUGCCGUUGCCGCCUUGGUAGUGGGAUUCGUGAUGACUAUAAGUAACUAUUGUUUUUGUGCUGCUUUGAUUGUCUUCUUUAUAACUGGAUCAAAGGUUACUAAGUUUAAAGCAGAGAGGAAAAGACAAAUAGAUCCUCAAUACCAGGAAG